UUGGGAAACGCGGAGUACAGUAUAGCUGAAGUGGCGUGGGUAUUUGACACGGCAAAAUGACUCAAUUUACGAAAAAAAGGAAAUUAGAUCAAAGUGUUCAGGAUAGUUUGUACUUUGAUAGUUAUUCCGACGUGACCAUCCACGAAGAAAUGAUUGCAGAUAAAGUACGCACCAAUUCUUAUAGACUGGGUAUUUUAAGGAACAGUAAAACGAUCCAGGGUAAAGUUGUCCUGGAUGUUGGUGCAGGAACUGGUGUUCUGAGCAUUUUCUGUGUGCAGGCUGGGGCAAAGAAGGUGUACGCCGUGGAAGCAAGUGCAAUAGCUGACCAAGCGAAGGCAAUCGUAAAACUCAAUAAGAUGGAUGACAAGAUCGAUGUUAUAAAAGGUACAUUAGAGACGACAGAUCUACCAGAGGCGGUCGACGUGAUUGUCAGCGAGUGGAUGGGAUACGCACUGCUCCACGAGUCUAUGCUGAAUUCAGUGAUUUUCGCUCGAGAUAAAUGGUUAAAACCUGGUGGUCUCAUUUUACCCUCUAAAGCUGAGCUGUAUGUUGCUCCCAUUAAUGACUUGGUGGUGGAAGACCGACUCAGUUUCUGGAGUACUGUGAAAGACCAGUAUGGUGUGGAUAUGUCUUGUAUGUCUGACUUUGCACGGAAGUGUAUUAUGAAUAAUGAUAUCACUGUGAACAUGGUUACUGUGGAAGACGUGCUCUCUCAUCCUGCGAAAUUUGCCGAGUUAGAUUUGUACACAGUAACGACUGAGCAGCUUAAACGCGUAAAAGGGUCCUUCACAUGUGAGUGUUUUGGAUCCUCCUGUGUAAAUGCAUUGUGCGUGUGGUUUUCAGUGAAUUUUCCAGGUGAAGAGAAACCUUUAGUCCUCUCGACUUCCCCUUUCAAACAGGAAACUCACUGGAAGCAGUCUGUUUUGUAUUUGGACGAACCGAUUGACGUAAUGCAGGACACCAAGGUCGAGGGAGAAAUAACCUUGUACCCUUCGGAAGAAAGCUCAAGACAUAUAUGCAUCCACGUGGACUACACAAUAGGAGAUCUUAAAAAGAAAUCAAAAACAUUUACAAUGGGGGAUGGCUACUCAGACCCUCAGUAAAAUAAUGUACCGUGAUGUCUUGCUGGUGUGCCUGGUCAAGUCUAGACCCUUUUUUAUUAAAAAAAAGUCCUGAAACCCACCAUGUCUAGAAAUAAGUGCUCCUCAUUAUAUGUAAACUUAUUUCUCCUUUGUAUUGUGAUAUUUUUUUAACGAAUAAAGUUAAUGUGUAUAUGUGAAGUUAUGCUGCUUGUUAGAAUGUUAAAAGUAUUUUUAUAAACGAGCUAUUAACAAAAUAAACCAUAAACGUUAGAUCAAAUUUAUUUGUAAUCUACUGUGAAACGUUUUGAAGCAAAUGUGUGCGAAAGCAUUUUCCUGUGUGAGGCUUGUUUGAAGGAUGUUAAAAUUUUAAGACUAUGUAAAAAGUGUGAAAUGUUGAAAUUGUAAGAGCUUGCUCGGAACUAAUUCAAAAAGUGGUCUGUAACAAAAUAAAACAAGUUUCAAUCCA